UGCUAAGAGAUCGCGGAUAAGUACCGGAUUGAAUGGCAGCAUGUCGACGCACACGCCAACCACGAGUAAGAUGCGGCGCUCGGGUGCUGGCAUUGGCGUAGAAGAGCAUACAGUGAAUGUGGGUCAGGGCGCUGAGCGCUUUUGUGCUACCACCAAGCUCACCAUACCCCAGGAUGGGCAGGGAGUGAUCCAGCCAGCGAAUGGAGCCCCUGAGAGGAUUGCCGAUGGCUUGGUAUCGACGCCUCGACGCUCCGCCUUUAAAGAGGCCACAGCUCCACCACUAACUCCGCUGAAUGCCAUGGCUCCGCAUGUGCUAGCCGAAUCGGGGACACCCGGUCAGCACCGUCCAUUGAUGAGGAAUCACACCUUCAGCCAGAAGACGUUCUUGCGCGGUGACAAUUGUGUGCAGUGCCAGAAGCGCAUUCGGUUCGGCGCUGUUGGCUUGCGUUGUCAGGACUGCCCAGUGCGCUGUCAUAUUGACUGCCAGUAUCUGCUCACAGUCAGCUGUGUGCCCCGAUCGGGAACACCAACGACAAAGACAAUGACGGGCUACCUCAGUGACUUUGCCCCGUCGAUUGCGCCCAUGAUUCCAGCACCGAUUGUGCACUGUGUGAAUGAGAUUGAGGCGCGCGGCCUCACCGAAGUGGGCCUUUAUCGCGUGUCCUCGUCGGAGCGGGAGUACAAAGCCCUCAAAGAGCAGUUCUUGCGAGGCAAAUCCACCCCACAUUUAGGCAACACGGAUAUCUAUGUGCUUUGCUGUUGUGUGAAGGAUUUCCUGAGGUCUCUCGUCGAGCCACUCAUCCCCACCGGCCAGUGGAAAGAUUUUGCCAACGCUGUGCAAAAUCCAGACACUUCAAUGUCCCAAGAGAUGCUGUACAAGUCUGUAAAGCAGAUGCCGCAAGCCAAUCGGGAUACGCUGGCCUUCCUCAUUCUGCAUUUCCAGCGCAUUGCUCAAUGCCCUGUGGUACUGAUGCCGAUCGACAACAUCUCUGUUAUCUUUGGACCCACCAUUGUGGGGUAUUCAUCGGCGGAUCCCGAUCAACAUGCCAUCUACACAGAGGUCUUUACGCAAAAGGAGGUGAUGAAAGCAUUGCUCGAGCUACCAGUGACAUUUUGGGAGCAGUAUGUUGUCAUAGACUCACCCCGUGCGCCAGCAACCGUUGUCAAGCGAGUGCCCAGCAGCAACAAGGACUUGUUAUCAAUAUAUGCAACUCCCUUCAAGGGGACCAUAAAGAAGCUUAAGUUCUACGGAACGCCGCCCGUAUCUGCCCACAAGAAAUGAACAUGGGUCUUUCCCCGCCGAAAGUCCUUGACACGUUACAUAAGUUUACUACAAGUAUUUCAGUUUUUGUUUCCGGCCAGCCAUACGAGAGGAGCUCUAGCUAUAUGUGCACUCCACUACUAACACUGUCUAGAGAAGUUUUUCUUUAUAAUUAACCAUUUC